CGUAGAUUUCUCGAAGGACGAGUGGGACUUCCUGGACUCUGCCCAGAAGAGCCUGUACAGGGACGUGAUGAGGGAGAACUACAGCCACUUUAUCUCUCUGGAUUUGGAGUCCAGAUUCAAGACCAAUACUUCAUCCGCAGACAAGGAUAUUUAUGAAGUAUAUUCAUUACAGUGGGAGUUGAUGGAGAAAAUUAGAAGCCACAGCCCUCAAGGUUCUGGUCUUAGAGAUGAUUGGGAAUACGAAAGCAAGGUCGAGCGACCAAAGGAACCCCAGAAAGGUUAUUUGGGGCAGUGGAAAAUGACCUCUGAAAAAGGCACAUACAAAAAGCACCGUUUCCUUACUGAGUAUCAGAAAGUUCAGAGUGGAGAAAAGUUCUAUGAGUGUAAAGAGUGUAGGAAGACCUUUAUCCGCCGCUCAACGCUUAGUCAACACUUGAGAAUCCACACUGGCGAGAAACCUUACAAAUGCAAGGAGUGCGGGCAGCCCUUCAGACAGCGUGCACACCUUAUCCGACACUACAAACUUCACACCGGCGAGAAGCCCUACGCGUGUAAGGAGUGUGGGAAGGCCUUUACGGUGCUCCAAGAACUCACCCAGCAUCAGCGACUCCACACUGGGGAAAAGCCGUAUGCAUGCAAGGAGUGUGGCAAGGCCUUUCGGGUGCAUCAGCAGCUGGCUCGGCAUCAGAGAAUUCACACUGGGGAGAAACCCUAUGAGUGCUUCGAGUGCAUCAGAAAAUCCACUUCGGUGAGAAGCCCUAUGCCUGUAAGGACUGUGGCAAGUCCUUCAGGAUAUGCCAACAGCUGACCGUCCAUCAGAGUAUUCAUACUGGGGAGAAACCCCAUGAGUGUAAGGACUGUGGGAAGACCUUCCGACUGAGGCAGCAACUUGUUCGCCACCAGAGAAUCCACACCCGUGAGAAACCCUAUGAAUGUGUAGACUGUUGGAAGACCUUCAGCAGUUACCCCCAGCUCAUCUCCCAUCAGAGUAUUCAUGCCGGUGAGAGACCCUUUGAGUGCGAAGCAUGCGGGAAAGCCUUCAGACUCUACUCCCAGCUCACUCAGCACCAGAGCAUCCACACGGGGGAGAAGCCGUACCAAUGCAAGGAGUGUAGGAAGCCUUUCCGGUUGCUCUCGCAGCUCAGUCAGCACCAGAGCAUCCACACGGGGGAGAAGCCGUACCAAUGCAAGGACUGUGGAAAGGCGUUUCGACUCUAUUCAUUUCUCUCUCAACACCAGAGGAUCCACACUGGAGAGAAGCCCUACAAAUGUAAGGAGUGUAAGAAGGCCUUCCGACAGCACUCCCACCUCACCCAGCAUCAGAAGAUCCACGGUGGAACCUAAGCAAAACCUCAGCUCUGUGUGACAUUUGCAAAAUGUCAGGAAAUCCGGUUGUGAGAAUAAUUUGUUUCAUGCUUCUAAGUAAGCAAAGAAAGACUGUGUUGCUGUAAAAGCCCUCCAUUCUCACUUGAGUGUAACCUAUCUUCAGCAAAUUCCUGUGGAAGAAUAAUUUGAUGAAUGGAGGAAAAUCUUUAGUCUUCUCUGUUGUCAUCUCCAUUUAACUACUCUCUUCCUGUUGUCAUACUGGAUAGGACACUAAAUAUUAAUGCCUUGUUUUGCUCACUGUCAAAAUGCUGAUAACAGUAUUUACAGGUUAUAUUUAUUCUUCUGUAACAAAUUACUAGAAAAACAGUAGUUUAAAUAAUAUAUAUUUAUUAUCUAAAAAUUUCUGUAGAUUGAAAGUCCAGGCAAGCCUUAGUUGGGCCUUGAGGUUUCAGCUAGGGCUGGGCUGUCAUCUGAAGGCUUAAAACUAGAGAAGGAUCCACAUUGUAGGUACCAGGUUAGACACCUCAAACACCUGAAUUCUUUGAGAGCUGAUAAAAUCCUCAGUUUCUGGAUGGUCAUCGGCUGAGAGAUGAGUGAAGUUCCUGGCCACAACCAUCCAGUGUGGCUUCUGGUUUUGUUUUGUUUUGUUUGUUUUUUUGUUUGUUUUGAGAUAGGGAUUAACUGUGUAGUUCUUGCUGAUCUGGAGCUUGCUCUGUAGACCAGGCUGACCUCAAACUCACAGAAAUCCACCUGCCUCUACCCCCCCCCAUGCUGGGAUUAAAGGUGUGUGCCACCACCCCCCAGCAUAGCUGCUGUUUUAAUGAGAUUGCGGAAUCCAAGAAAGGUGGCUGCUAGCAGGAUGGAAGUCAGCUAGCAAGACUGAAGUUAUAAUCUGUAUAAUCUAAUCAUAAAAGAAACAUCACAUCAUUUUAGCACUUUCUACUGGUUAAAAAUAAGUUCUCAGACUCCAGAAGACUACAUGAAAUUGAAUACUACAAGAUGGGACCAGUGACACCAAUUCAGAGCCCACCUGCAGUACUGCAUAAUCGAACUGAUUUAAGAAGGAAAUAGUUAGCACUUGACAGACUAGCAGUCAUAGUAGCAUGUAUCCUAUAAAUAAUGUCUAUGAUUGUCAGUUCGUAUAAAAGGAAGAUGAUCCUGUGGAAGUAAUAAAUGUAGAAAUGCUUCCUUCACACCUCUGCAUUUCUAAACCUCGAAGCAAUUUCUUCUAGGUAAGAUCUAGCAGCUUAUAUUAAUUGGGAGAUUUUUGUCACUUGAGCUGCACCAAAAACUUCAUGAUGAAAAAAGACUGAAUUUCCUGAAUGUGGGAUUUGUAAACUUUAAGCGUUAAAGAAUCAGAGGAAAUGACUUCUUCAAAUUGAAAAAAAAAAAAAAAAAAA